UUUGGGUGAGCAUUGGGGAACGAAGUUUCACGUUGCCAUGGCCCUGUACACUUUGUGUACCAUUUCGGGAAGGCUGAGAGGGGCCCGUACAUCGUUGCCUCGCAUGUCAAUUCAGUGCGACGGCUUUUUACGUAGAAUGUUGAACACGAAGGUUUGUUCUAACCAAUCGGCUGAUUCGGUGAAAGCGCGAAGCUUUCGUGAAGUGCCCCGCGUGCCUCUACUCCCACCGUUGGAUGCACUGGGGAAGCCAUGGCGUUUAGGAGGGUUGAGUACGAGAGAGGAAAUAUGCGAGGCUGGCGCCCAUUUGUUCCAGAAGUAUGGUCCCAUUGUGAGAGAGAAAUUCGCCGGACGCUACACAGUUGUGCACUUGUUCAGCCCGAGAGAUUUUCACACAGUGUUCCAAGAGGAAGGGGAGGCGCCUUUUCGAAUCGGAAUGGCCGCUUUGAAGCACUACAGGGACAAGGUGCCCAAGGAGUACGCUGAUGCCAGCAUUCUUCACCUCCAAGGUGAAAAGUGGAGCCGACUGCGCUGCGCUACGCAAGAACAUGUGCUCAGGAACCAAGCCGCUUCGUCGUAUGUGUCGGCCUUGAACUCUGUUGCCCAAGAUGCGGUCGACAUAAUCGAUGACUUGACUGACCAGCGAGGAGAAAUACCCGACUGCUUUUAUUUUAUGCGCCGAUGGGCCCUAGAAAGCAUAACGCUCAUUUGUAUUGGCCAUCGCCUGGGAGCCAUAUCACCUGUAAGCCCACUGCUUUCGCAAGAAAGUGCAUCUGUGUUGGACGAGAUAAUGACCUCACUUCACUGCUUGUCAGCGUUCGCUAAAAGCUUCCCAUAUUAUCGGUAUUUUCCAACCUUGAUGUGGCGAAAAUUCCAACGGGCCAUGGAUGACUACACGGCGCAUAUAACGGGGCACAUCAGAAAGGCCGCCUCAAGUUGGGAAUCAAGUGAUAGAAGCAAUCCCUGCACCAUCCUUUCCCGUCUGCUUCAAGAAGACAAGCUGAAUUUUGCGGAAACUGUGACCUUUACCAGAGACAUUAUUCUCGGAGGCAUCGAAACAGUUGCUUUAGUGGUCACAGCUUGUUUGCAGCAUUUGGCAAGGCACCCAGAUGCUCAAGUAAAGGCUCGCACUGAGGUCGCCGCUGUAUUUGCAGAAGAUGUCACUGACUUUCAACCGGAGCAUGUCGACCGUUUACCUUACCUGAACGCUUGCGUGAAAGAAAGCAUGCGGUUGACUCCAGCGGUACCAGGAAUCGUACGAAAGCUGAAUCACGACACCAUUCUCUCAGGCUACCUCAUUCCCGCUAGGACAACAAUAUACCUCCAAACCCUGGUGGCCAGCCAACUAGACAACCAUUUCAGUAAGCCAGAGGAGUUCCAGCCUGAGCGGUGGUUAUCGAACGAAGAAAGAGCUGAUGAUUGGGUCCACCAAGCUUCCGCCUCCUUGCCUUUCGGUGCUGGGAAGAGACCUUGUCUCGGCAGGAGAAUAGCCGAGUUUGAAAUAUUUAUUAUUCUUUCUAAGGUCUUGCUUAAAUACAGUAUUGAACACCAUCACCCAGAUGUAGGAUUCUACGAGAAAAUAUACAUGAUCCCAAAGGGACCAACACGAUUCUGCUUCAAACCAAUCAACGACCCUGAAAAUUCAAAAUGAAGCCGAUAAUGAAUAUGUUCCUGAUAUAUCCUAUCGUAUUUCAUAUCCUAUAUUACUGUACUUCAACAUUGAUGCAAUAAAUUAUGGUUAGGAUUCUGUGCCA